AUGCUUACGAAGGCGUCACCGCGCUCUCCCAAUGGAGCGAUCUAUUUCAUCACGAACGGUCCGGAUGAGAACAUGGUCGUGAGCGCUGCUAUCAACGCCGACGGUACCUUGCGGCUCGAUAGGGCGGUUGCAAGCGGCGGACGAGGUCUACAUGGCCACACUGCGAAUGGCAACACAGGCGCGGACGGCCUCUUCUCUCAGGGCUCUGUGCAGGUCUCGUCCAAGAAGAACCUGCUCGCAACGGUCAAUGCUGGCUCAAAUACGAUUUCCCUCUUCUCUAUUGACCCUCGCAGGCCCACGAUCCUCACUCCUCUCGGCGAUCCGAUCUCAUCAGAGGGAGAGUUCCCCCAGUCCGUGGCGUUCUCGAGCGAUGGUAGCCGCCUUUGCGCCCUUAACGGUGGUGCCAUCAAUGGCGUGAACUGCUUCUCUGUGGACUCGAAGCUCGGCCUCGUCACGCUGCCGAACACCCUCCGCUACCUCGGCUUGAAUCAGACGAACCCGCCGAACGGUCCUCCAGGCACCUUGUCGCAGAUCCACUUCUCCGAGGAUGACAGCAAGCUCGUCGUGUCCUACAAGGGCGCCACUGGCCCCGGCUUCCUUGCGACCUGGGACGUGGCCAAGGACGGCUCCCUCGCGGCGAACUACACCCAGGUCAACGUACCUGGAGCCAUGGUGCCAUUCUCACUGACGCCUAUUACGGGCGAGAAUGCAUUCCUCCUGACCGACCCCGGUAUCGGCUUCGACGUCGUCGACUUCAGUGGCAAGGGACGUGGCUCUGCCAACACCGUCCCUGGGAACGGCGCAACGUGCUGGUCGACGUACAGCACGAAAACGGGCAACUACUACACUGUGGACGUCGCGGCUAACACGAUCCGCGAGGUCCAGCUCGACAGCAACUUGAAGCCCAGUGCGGUUGCGUCCUACACGGUCGCGAACGGUACCUCCCCAAUCGACCCCGAGGUUGCUACUGUCGGCGGCAAGGAUUACCUGUACGUCCUCGGCGCCGCAUCUGAAGUCGUCGACGUGUUCGCUCUCAGCGGUCCCGCGAAGGCCAAGCAGAUCGCCACCGUCGACGUGGCUGGCCCUGCUCGUGCCGCGGGUCUCUCCCUGUCUCCGGGGAGCCUCCAGGGCAUGGCUACCUACGUCCGUUCUGGCUACUAG